AUGGCUUCGGACCACGACAUCGACAUGGAUGCCCUGCACUACGGCUUCCACGCCGCCAUCGAGCAGUACGCGGUGGAGUGCGAGCGGGCCCUCGCGGAGCUGGACGCGGAGCUCGGCGCCCGCAGGCGGCAGGCCGUCCGGGCCCUGGCCGCCCGCGCCGCCGCGCGCCUCACCGCGUCGCAGGGCGGAGGCUGGAAGCCCGGAGGCGAGCUGGGCGCGGUUCGCCCCUCGAUCAAGCCCGUCGUCUUCGACAUGGGCUCGCCGUGCGCCUCCCGAGACGCAGCCAGCUCGGAUGCGGGCCAGGCCGCCACCCUCUCCACCCUGAAGCACGGCUGCACGCGGGUGCUCUGCGCCUCGGCGGCGGGCUCGCCGCACCUGGUGCAGACGGUCCUCGACGACGGGCGCUCGUUCCUCACCCUCGAGCCGCCCUGCAUGACAUCCCCGCGCCUGCAGGCCUCGCCGCCGGCAGCGGCGCCGCGACCGCCCGUCCCCCCGCUGGACAUGACGAAGGUGGUCAUGGGCUCGCCCGGCAUGGCGUCGUCCUUCGGCUGCGAGGGCGCCGUCCUCGAGGCCGCCGACGGGCCUCUCUUCGGGCUGCCCGAGGACGCCACCUCCGACGCCAGCCAGGAGGGCUCCACGCGGGCCUCCUCGGCCGCUUCGCGCGCGCGGCGGAAGGCCCCGCCGGUGGCGGGCGGCGGCGGAGCCGCAGGGCGGGCCUCGGCGAGCGCCUCCGGCGCGGCCUUCGGGCUCGGCGGCGCUGGAGGCGGAGGGCACGCCAGGAGUGCCGGGCACGUCCUGGAGGUCGGCAUGGCCGUGCUGGUCCUCGCCAGCGCUGCCGCCCUGGGGCUCGAGUCGUCCCACGCCGCCAGGGGCUUGGAGGCGCCCCCCGGACUCCUCGCCGUCGAGGUUGCGUUCCUGGCGGCCUGCGCGGCAGAGCUCGCGGCAAGGCAACACAUCGCGGACAAGAGAGAAAUCACCGACUAA